AUGGGGAAUGGAAAGUUUGGUGGCCAUUUCUACCCAGGGUUAUACAUUUUCUUUUAUGGACUGCAUCAGGCAACAGUGGUCUCCAAGGACAUGAUAGCUAAUGACUUUCCUGUUCAGCCUUCAUACCUUCCCAAGAAUCAAAAGAGAUGUUCCAAGCUGUGGAAAAUAGCCUUUGGAGGCUGGCUGAAGAUAGUGACCGGCUCCCUCUUGACAUUUUAUGUGGUCUUCUGUCUGGAUGAUGGGAUGGUACUGAUCAGCAGAGAGAUGCCUCCAAGGUUUAUGUAUCCUCAAGAGUGGCAGCACCUCACCAUGUUCAUCCUCCUCACCCUUGAUGGCUGUGUAGAGGUCAUGAGCAAGAAUGUGCUGCGGCAGAGGUGUAUGGUUCUAGAAAGAGGUUCCAUGGCCUUGGGCAUCUACGUGCUCCUGCUGCUGCUGCUGUCACAUGUUCAGGUCUCAUCAAAGGUGGAGCUGCAGGUUCACUCUCUCCUCAUCUUGGUGGUGUUCCUGUUGAUGCUGGUGUUGAUAGCAGAGCUGUGGGCUUACAGGUUCUUUUGCCUCCAACUGAUCAAGAACUUCCUGUUCCUGAUGAUGGGCUCGUGGUUGAUGCAAGCAGGCUUUAUUCUGUUUAGGCCGGUCUCCGGCUACCCAUGGAAGGAUGAUGACAUCAGUGACAUCAUGUUUGUCACCACCUUCUUCUGCUGGCAUGUAAUAACCAAUGCCUUAUGCCUGUUGGGAGUCUAUGGGUUCUCUUCAUUUUGGCACCGUUGUUACAGUCCCAGCUUGAAGCUGAUGGGGUCUAAGGAAGUGUUGUAUCAUGACAGCACCUCAGGAACUUUCUUCAGGCUGCUGCAGGAGGCAAAGCAGCAAGACAAGGAUGACCACACUCUUCUGCUUUCAAAGAGCCCUUCCUGUGACAGGGCUUAGAAUACAUACACCACCCCAUUUUCUUCCUGUGGGCUCUCUUGGGCACUUGUAAUGCACCCUUUGUUCCUUACUGAAGGUAAUGGCCCUGGAGGAUGCUCAUUAGAUCCAACUACAAUGCCUAUCAUUGACUCGAUAACUUGAGGA